AUAAAAAUGAAAGACCAAGCGCAUGCGCAUACACGAUUUCCCCUUAGAAACCGAAAUGGCGUCUGUUGUGACUGCAAAUUCCCUAGGAAAUUUGAACGAUAUUACCAAAGAUUUGCCUUCUUUGCAAUUUGAAAAUGCGUUGUCAGAAGAUGAGAAGGGACCAUAUCUCAUUCUGAGGAAGAGAUCUCAUGCAAUCACCGUUUCAGCAUGUGCUCAAGCGACGUACUUUGUAGCAGUAUUGAAUGAAGCCCGACAGAAAAUUCUUCACUUGAAGACUCCGCAGCAAUCCAAGUCAUCCAAAUUUCUACAGAAAGCUCCCCCUAGAGAUCCUGUGAAGAUUGGGAUCAUUGGAUGUGGACGCAUCGGCAACCAUCUGGCUAAUUGUCUUCUCACAUAUGCAGAUGUUCUGCCACAAGAGCUCCUUAUCUCCACAAGACGACCAGAAACUCUGGCUCAACUAAAGAAGAAGGGGAUCGAAUGCAUCUAUGACAAUGUGAAGGUAGCGUCCUCAGUGCACCUCCUGUUCCUCUGCGUGCUUCCAUCCCAGAUGGCCACAGUGGCCGACGACAUCCGCACCAUCAUCCCUCCCCACUGCACCGUCUACACCUUCCUCAGCUCGGUGCCCAUCCUGCGGCUGAGACGAAUGCUGAAUGCCCAGGCCAUCAUCCGGCCGGAGUUUACCUGGGAGCGGUUUGGAGGAGGAGAGGAAGAAAUGUGGGAUUGCUCCAAGGAUGUGUGCAUCACCUUGGAGAACCAGGAGCAGGUGGAGAUGACGUGUCCGCUUGCUGAGAUGAAGACUUCAAUUGUCCAGACAAAAGAGAAGUGGGCCGAGAUGAUCCUCUACUCCUUUGUCAAUAUGUGUACCAGGGAAGGGCUAGAGAAAGAGCAGACGAUUGCAGUCACCAAUGAGGUUGUCCUGGGGCAGUCGCCCAAUCAGGAGUACCUGACAGAGUUCAGGGCACUGGAUUUCACCAGACGUCCAACUCUCUUUCCUGUGUUUGAUAUGUCAGCUGUAGCGACCAACCAGACACCCCUAACUCAAACCAUCACCGAAAACCAUGAGCUGAGGGCGCUCUUCGUCAAGAAAUACAAGGACGUCUUUGAUAAGUUCUACUACUGGAAGGGCAUCAAACAGAUCAAACCCAAAACGCAGGAAAACACAUGACCUAUCGCCAGUCAUGUGACUUUAGAAUCAUGAACUGAUAUGCAUCAUAAUAGUUCUAUUUUUAUAUAACAAUAUCUUUCCCAUGCUCUUGGCCUUCCUGUUUAUUAAAUACAU